AACAAGGAAGUUCGUUCCUCCUGCUGUUCAUAUAGAACAGAGUUACUAAGGUCAGGCGUCAGGGAGCUUCCCAAUUGCUAGAGCUGAGAGAUGGAACUCCUUUGUGUCUGGUUAUUUUUUGUUACCCCAUUGGUCAUCAGUGCUCUCCCAGUGGAACCAAGGGGGGAUAUUCGAAAGCAAGCAGCUACAGGAAAGUUUUGGCACAUCACCGACUUACAUUUGGACUUUUCAUAUCACAUCACUGGUGAUCAUACCAAAGUAUGCUUAUCAUCUAAAGGUGCAAAUGCAUCAAAUCCAGGAAUUUUUGGAGAUUUCCUUUGUGAUUCUCCUUAUCAACUCAUCUUAUCAGCAAUUCAGAACAUAAAAGACUCUGAGCAAAAAGCCGACUUCAUGAUAUGGACUGGAGAUAGCCCUCCUCAUAUACCUGCGAAUGAACUGUCUACAAAAAUGGUAAUCGAUAUCAUUGGAAACAUGUCCACUACUAUUCGCAGCUUUCUACCAGAUCUUCAGGUAUUUCCAGCACUCGGUAACCAUGACUACUGGCCCCAGGAUCAGUUUCCUGUGGAAGCAAGCGAAAUAUACACAGCGGUAGCUGAAUACUGGAAGCCUUGGCUAAAUGAGGAAGCACUUGUAACUUUAAGGAAAGGUGGAUAUUAUUCACAAAUCUACAAAUCAAGCCAGACUGCACAAUCAUUGAGGAUUAUCAGUCUGAACACUAAUCUUUAUUACAGUCCGAAUAAAGUGACAGUAAAUAUGACAGACCCAGCUGAUCAAUUUGAGUGGCUCGAAGAGACUUUAAAAGCAUCUAGGCAAAACAAUGAAAAGGUAUACGUUAUUGCUCACGUGCCAGUUGGAUUCUUGCCAUUUGCAGCUUUCACAACUGCAAUGAGAGUAAAUUUUAACGAGAGACUGGUGAAAAUCUUCCGAAAUUACAGUGAUGUUAUUUCCGGGCAGUUUUAUGGACAUACUCACAGAGACAGCAUCAUGGUCCUCCUAGAUGAAAACAAUGAAAAGCCAGUUGGAUCAGUGUUUGUGGCUCCAGCUGUGACACCAUUAAGAUCUUUAUCAGAAAGUGAUGGUAAUAACCCAGGAUUCAGGUUGUAUCAUUACGACACCGGUUGUUAUAAUUUGUUGGAUCUUUGGCAUUAUUACUUAAAUCUUACUGAGGCAAACUUGAAAAAAGAAGCUAUUUGGAAGCUCGAAUACAUCAUGACAGAAAUAUACAAAAUUAAGGAUAUUCAGCCUGAAAGUUUGGAAGAACUUAUACAGAGAUUUAGAAAACCAGAUAGCAUUGACUUUCAAAACUAUUAUAAAAACUAUGUAGUGCAUUUUGAUUCCAUUAAGGGCUGUGAUGGAUUCUGUAAAGUAGUACAGAUAUGCUCAAUACAAUGUCUGGACCAAGAAUCCUAUAUAAAAUGUUUACUAAAGCAUACAAACUACAAUAGUGACCCCAUUAUAACCAUGCAAUAGUAAAGUCUACAUCUAAUUUCCAAUGUCAAAAAUCAGUGGAGCCGGAGUGUCUAUUAAGGGUGGGCAGAGUUUUGUGCUGGUGAAUAUAUGCACCCCACCAAUCUAAUCUAUCUCUGGUACAAAUUAAACACACACCUUUAAGAAAAUUUUAAAUUAAUAAGUUUACAUUCUCUCUAAUCAAAAUUGGAAAACUAAAGAUUUAAAAGAAAAUAUAUAUUUUUUUUUUAAAUAAAUCCUAGGGCAUUUACCAUAAAAAUUAACCCUAAUGGCUGCAUAUAAUGCACCCACAGGAAAGUUGAACUAAAAGGCAUAUCAGUCUGCUUACAAGCUGUGGACCACUGGGACAGGUCAUUUGGAUGUGUGACCAAGUGAGGUGAGAUGGCAUUUGUCCUAUGGGAUUUGCAAUGUGCUUUUAGUAUUGAUGUGCAAUUGUAAGAGCAAUUAUAAUAAUUGUUUAAGCCAAGCAGAAUUUCACUAUUGUGGCAUGCUGUGAUUUGAAGACACAUGAAAUAUUCUACCUGUGGGGAUAGACUGUGAAAUGCCAUUUUAUUUCCACUUUUGUAUGCAGCCACUAGGGCUCAUUUUUUGCAUGGUCGAUACCCUGUUAGUUUUUUUUUUUUUUUUUAUGUUUUAGUAAUUUCCUUUAUGUUUGGUAUUGUCUUGUAAGGAUUGAGAGGAGUCCUGGGGAGUACAGCCUUUUAAUAAAAAAAAAAAAAAAAAAUUGUGUUAAAAUUGUGUCUGAUUGUGCUUGAAUUGAUUAGUCAUUACAUUUCUGCAUACCCAUUUGGGAUAUGUCUCUGUGUCAUGAUGUGUUCGAGCUGCCUGUAUUAACUCACCAGCACCCCAUAAGUACUAAACCUUCCAAUGUGUGUUUUCUACAAGCAUCAUUAGACAAAAUGCUAUGUUCAGGGCACCAGGUACCUGCAUAGAGCACUGAAACAGAGCACUGGAACAAAAGGCCUUUGUUGACUGGCCUUACAUGAUUCACAGGCAGCAUUCACCCCAGUCUGUCCUAUCAGUAUUUCAGGCAAAGCCAGUGAUGUGAUUCUUCUCCGGAACUCUGGGAUUGGGAGGUAUCCAAUAAGAUAUAUAAAUGGAUGGAAUUCAUUCUGGAAUUUAAUUGAGCAAUAAAUAAUAUGCAAGCCUA